UGCCAUGUUGUCCACAUUGAUGUUGAUGUUGUCACAUCACCCAGUGAGUGCCAACUUGAUGUUGUCCACAUCACCCAGUGAGUGGCAGUAUGAUGUUGUCCACAUCACCCACACUGUUCAAGCUAGAACAGCUUUUGCCAUGUAUUUGGUUCGAGUUCAAGAGAGACUGCUUUCAGACUGGAGUGCUUCUAUCCUACACCGAGGCAAAGAUGCUGCCAAUGAUCAGAUCGAGUUAGUGUUGCGGUUCCUGAAAUGUGCAGCAACAGAUUUGCCACAAACAGUUCACAGUGUUGUUCCAAACAAGAAACUUCCAAUACAAGAUCGGAAAAAAGUCCUUGCAGAACAACUAGGCAUUUUUAUUGAUUUGUACAACAAGGAAACUGAAGACAUGAAGGCAAGGAAAAAGAGAAAAGCAGCAGAAAUGAGAAUAGAGUCUGAAAUUUAUGGAGGUCUUAGCAAACUUGAUUUCACUGAAUUUGUUUCUUCUGCCACGGAGAAUGAACUGGAAGCUGUUCUGAUGGCCUUUGCCAAAUCCAACAAAUCGUCUGCAGUUUUUCUGGGAGGAGACUCAGAUGUAGAAACUGACACAAAGCUAGAGGUCAAGGACAGGCAGCAGAAUAGUUGUCAUAGUCACCAGACUCUCAGUCAUGACCUGGUGACCUUUGGUGCCAUGGGUGAUUCUGCAGAAGUAAAAGAAG